UGCAAAACUCGAUUUCAUUCAUUCAUUCCAGAUCCGGUAAUUAAUGCGAAAGCUUAAUUUUACGUUCUGUCCAGCUUUGGCAAUCCGGUUUGACUUGAAGCUCUAAUAUUGCAUUACACUAGACCGCAAACAGUAACAAUAAUUAAGCCUACGCACUACCUACUUUGCCUUUCUAAUCUGUUUCAAAGUCUGAGUGAUUUACUGUCUCUUAUCUGUAAUGUACAAUCCGAGGUGCAAAGACCUUGAUCGGGACUAUUUUCCCAGCUAUCACACGGUCAGGUUUCAGGAGCAGCCGGAACCGAAUUUGGCCGUGCUAGAGCACUUCAUUCGGGUGACCAAGCAGCAUGAAAGGGACCUGACCGAGAAGCAGGGCAUCACUGUGGACCACUUGCGCUACGGAUCAGGGCGUCAGUUGGUGGAUGUGUUCUACAACGAAAAGACCUCCAACCACGCACCGCUGUUCGUCUUCGUGCACGGGGGCUACUGGCAGGAGAUGGACAUGAGCACGUCCUGCUCGAUUGUGGGUCCCCUGGUGCGGCAUGGAUACCGCGUGGCCGUCAUGGACUACAACCUGUGCCCGGAAGUCACCCUCGAGCAGCUGAUGUCCCAGUUCACCAGCUUCCUAAACUGGAUCUUUGACUACGCCGAAAUGACCAAUGUGCAGGAGAUCACCUUGGCCGGACACUCGGCCGGUGCCCACUUGCUGGCCCAGAUACUCAUUCGCCAGAAUGUGAUUUCACCACAGAGGAGUAAGAUGGUGUGGGCUUUGGUCUUCCUGUGCGGCGUCUACGAUCUGAGGGAGCUCUGGAACUUGGAAUCGGUUAAUCCCAAAAAUAUUCUGGGGCUCAACGAGCGGAAUCUUGAGUCCGUCUCGCCCAUGUUGUGGGAAUACACCGAUGUUUCCGUUUGGAAUUCUACCAAUAUCUAUGUGGUGGCUGCAGAGCAUGACAGUACCACCUUCAUCGAGCAGAGCCGCCACUAUGCUGAAGUGCUGAGCAAGAAGGGCUACAAGGCGAACUUCACGCUCUUCAAAGGGUACGACCACUUCGACAUCAUCGAGGACACGGCCAUCGACGAAUCAGAUGUAUCCCGUUUCCUGCGCAACAUUCAAAUUGAAUAAACUAGGCACAGUUUCGUUUUCUGUCAUCAUCUCACUGUUUAUUUUCUACGACUAACUUAGACUAGUAGUAUUCCGUAUAUACACUACCGUAGUUUUGUGGCUUGUACCCAAAGGUAGGGACUUUAAAAAAAUAAGCGUGGUGGAAUCGGUAACCAUUAUAGCAACCAGAAAAAUGUAAGGGCGAAAGUUAUCUUUGAA